AUGGCAUCACAAUCAUCUUCUGUGCAUCAUGGUGAUGGCUGUUGUGGAUACGGAACGUUAUGUAAAUGGGGAAAAGUUAAAAAACCAAAUGAUAUACGAUUAGAUUAUUUAAAAGUCAAUUCGGAUGUUCCGACACCUCAUUACAUGUUUUGGCCUGGAAACAAUCCGAUUGGAUGUUCUGGAAAAAUUAUCAAUGGACGUGAUCGAAUCAAUUAUGCAGUGUCAUGGAUAUUAAUUGUAGUACCUGCUUUGGCUUUCUUUGGAUUUGUUUGCACAGACUACUUUCGAUUUAUUAGUAUUUUCGCAGGAAUACCAAUCACACUCAUUGGACUUGUGUUGUUCUCUCUCAUUAUCUAUACAUUAAUUAUGGUCGGUUCUAUCGAUCCUGGAUAUUUACCAAAAUCUAGUGCAAUAUAUCAACAAAAAUUCAAGAAUGACAAGAAACUAUUGAAACGUUUGCAAAAGAAAUUUGGACAUGCAUCAGAGAAUGAUAAAACAGAGCAUGUUUCUCCUGUCACAAGUCAUCCUUAUGAAAUUGAUGACAAUGAUGACACUGAUAAAGAUGUUGACAGCGACGACCAUGAUCAUCAUGAUGACAUGGAAGCACAUCAUGACGACCCACUUGGUGGAACAAGUCACGCAGCAAAACAUAAGGAAACUACUUCCCAUGACUUUUCAGGAGUUCCAUUAUUUAAAAUAUUUCAAUAUAAUGGAUGUCAAAUUAAGCUGAAAUUUUGUAAAACUUGUGGAAUUUAUCGAUUACCAAGAACGAGUCAUUGUCGAAGAUGUAAUAGCUGUGUUGAACGAUUCGAUCAUCAUUGUCCAUGGACUGGAACAUGUAUUGGAAAAAGAAAUUACAAAUACUUUUAUUGGUUUUUAAUUACUCUAACUUCAGGAAUUAUUUAUGCAGGUCUUUGUAGCUUGAUUGAAAUUAUAGUCUUUGUAUAUUUGGCAACCACAAAUAAUCCAAAUAAUCCCUCUGGUUACCAUAACGAUACAGUGCAAACAGCAAUCUUACAUAGCUUGAUGUCAUCACCAGUGUCAUUUAUUAUCACAUUAUUUUCAGCAGUCAUGUGUCUCUCCACAGGCUCACUCGCAGUCUUUCAUAGCUUUCUUGUGGUUUCAAAUUUAACUACUUAUGAAAAUAUCAAUAGAACGUAUUACAAAUCUGGAAAUCCGUUCAGUAAGGGAUUUUUUGGCAAUAUUAAGGAAGUUCUCUUUUACAAGAUGCCUCCCAGUCUAAUUUCCUUACAAAAGAAAUAUUCUCGAAUUGAAAUUGAAUCCAUGCUUCCAAAUGAGCUGAUCGGAGACCCUUCUCGAGAAUUUAUUGAAUUACAAACACCUAUGACUAUCGAUCUCGAACAAAACGCUCAACCAGAAGUGUCUACGAGUAUUAUUACAUUUCCUGGAGAGGUCAAUGAUACCACUUCUCUUGGUGGAAAUUAUCCAUUCUAUUACUCUUCAAACAAUCACAACAGAGAGAUUAAUAAAUGA